GCAAUAUAUCACCCCCCUUUCCAUAGAUAUCUAUAUAUAUUGCAUUGUUUGUAUGUAAAUGCCUCAAAAGUCUACCAUUCAAGUGUCCUCUGUUCUUUUCAGAGAAAGAAAGCAAGGCAGGAGAGAAAUGGAUUAUUCCCUAUGGGACUACCAAGAGAGUAUACUUGAGCUCAAGCACAAAAUCCUCUGCACCAACUUCGAGCUAGAAACUGCAAGAACCAAAGCGAAAGAAGCCAUGAUAAAAUUCGAUGACAGCAUAAAGCAGUUACAUCAAUUAUUGCAGAGAGUUUGCCAAGAAAGAGACGAAGCGAGAGAUCAACUGCAAAGACUUGUCAACAAAGUGGACUCAAUUGAUUCCUCUGCAGUUGAUUGCCUCUUCUUCACUGCCAAUUCUUCUCCAGACCUAUCUAACCCGAACUUGAUCAAUCCAAGUAAUGGGUUGGUUUCAAUGAUUGAUCCUGAUUUAGCAGUGAUUGACAAUCUUGUCAAGGGAAGGCCUUUGCCACACAAAGGAAGGCUCCUGCAAACUGUGAUUGAGGCCGGGCCAUUGCUCCACACGCUCCUCGUUGCAGGGCCUCUUCCUUUGUGGCAUAGUCCUCCCUCGACAUUCCCAUCUCUUCAGAAAAUCGAGUCCAAUUCAGACUGUGAAAUCUUAAAUUCCUUUUGUUCUUCAUACCACAAUGUCUGUCAUACAUCGAAUUUGGCACAUGGGAUCGGGCUUGAUGUCGAACAUGGAGGGCAACCUGCCAAUGGAAGUGGUUUGCAAUUCUAUGCAUAAUUUGUUUGCUAAGCUAAUAUGAAUAGGAAUUGGGUCUGAUGUAAAUGGACAAUUCUUGAUUUUGAUAAUGGAGUGAGUGUGUUUGAUUGGGUUUGUUUAUUCUAAAGGACUUUAUGUACACUAUUUUAUUAGUCACUUUUGGCCUCAUUUUUCAUUAUAAAUCAUUGUUCUUAAGAGUAAUAAGGGUCAGUUUUAAAGUGUUCGCAUGGACAUUUUGAGUAACAAUGAUUCAAUUUUACUUGCAUCC